GCAACGCACAUCACAUCGCAAUGGACGGCGAGGAAGAACAAGCUACUCCUGCAGGAGAAACCGAAAAUGCUACCCCUGAUGAGUCUAGGUCCACCCCUGAUGUGGGGAGGAAGUCACGUAAUCUGAAGGAAGCCACCCUCCAUCUUAAGGAGGAAGCGUUGAGGAGAUACAAGCUGAAGCAUGGACAUGAUGCCCCAGCUGAUGCUGACCUGGGCAGAGAAACUCCUGGUGCUGGGGAGGCUGACACUGAUGGAGCAAUGGAUGGGGGGAAGGCUGAUAUUGAGACAGGGACGUCUCAGGAGGAGCUGAAAGUUGAUGCUGAUGUUGAAAUGAAGAAGUCUGGAGAUGUUGAUGCAGCUGAAGAAGAUGCAGAUGCUGGUGGUUCCAGCCUGAAGCAGGGGGAGGCUACACAGUCCCCCAGUCAACCUGGGGUUACAGGAAGUGUGGACAAAUCAGGCCUUGCCACUGGAAACAAUGACAAAAAUGAUACAGAACUGAAUUCGGUACCAAAUCUAACAGUUGAUAAGGAAACAGACAAGCCAGUUGACACUGAAGAAGCCAGGCCUAAGGAUGAUGAAGACACAGACAUAUCUGCAGCUGGAGCAAGUAGAGCUAAAACUGAUGACCAGGAAUCAAGUCAGUCGGAGGUCAUGCAAGGUGGCAUGGCAGCUGUAGACACAGCAGCUGUAGCUGAAGACUAUGGGACAGGGAAAGCUGUAGAUAGUAGCCUCCCUCCAGCUGAGCCUCGGUCGUUAGAACCUAGCCAAGGGGAGACAACUCAAGAGCCCGACGAUGCCCCUGUUGAAGUGUCUGACCAAGGUGCCAACACCAGUCGACCCCCGAGUGGGUCCGGGACACAAGCAGGUGGAGCCACCACAGAUGAGGGUACUGUGAACGUCAACGAGACAGGCCCUGAACAGGCAGAACAAAGUGAGGAUAAACAGGAAGAAGGGGCUCCGGAACCAGGACAAGAGAAGUCGGAAGAAUCAGCAGCUGCUCAGGAUCCAGAGUCCAAACAGGAAGCCGAGGCAGAGAGUCAGGAUGACCCCAAGACGGAAACCACUGCUGAAGGCCAGAAAGAAAUAGCAUCUGGGGAUCAGAAAGAAACCACUGGUGAAGAUCAGAAAGAAACAACAGAGGAAGCUGCUGACAACGCUGGAAUGCUGCAAGAGGCUGAAGGAAGUCCUGCCCAGGCUGAAGGAGAAGCACCUGCUGCAGCUCCACAACAAGACGGCCAGGAGGAUGCCAAGGAGAAGGGUCAGCUGGAUGAGCAAUCGACUGAAAAGCCACCGGAGCAGACUGGGGAUGGGUCCGGUGUAGAGUCCGGGGAUAGGUCCGGGGAUAGGUCCGGGGACAAGCCCCAGGAACAGAGUGAGGAAGCUAAAGAAGGGGAGGUAACACAAGAGGAAGUAAAAUCAGAUGAGACAACUGACCAGACUGCCAAGACAGGAGAGGUAACUGGAGAUGGAGAGGCUGCCGGAGAGAGCAAUCAGAAUGAAGAGGGAGGGGAUGCUGAUCAAUCCCAGAAUGCACUUGAGGAGGAAGGAGAUGCGCAGGAUGCUGAGCCCGAGGUCCUCAUCCCAGGGGAUUUCUACUACAACUUCCAGGAACAGGUUUCCAAGGCCAAGGUCACUCAAGACUCGGGUCUGCCGGAGGACUUGCUCUCUCUACAACAUUCCUUUGGCUACGACUGUCGUCGCCGUGCCAACCUGUUCAUGCUGGACUCCAGAACGUUGAUCUUCAUUGCGGGGAACCUGGUCCAGCUGCUGGACAUCAACACCAAGGAACAGCGCUACAUCCGCAGCACAAGCGGGGGCGGCAUCGGUGCACUUGCGGUUCAUCCCAGCAGGAAGUACUUUGCUGCAGCAGAGAAGGGCAAUGUGCCCAACAUCAACAUCUUCGAGUUCCCGUCUCUGAAGCUAUACCGGAUCCUGCGUGGAGGCACGGAGAAGUCCUACUCCUCCCUGGACUUCAGCUCUGAUGGGGAGCUGCUGACUUCUGUUGGUGGAGACCCGGACUUCAUGCUGACCGUGUGGAACUGGAAACAGGAGAAGACCAUGCUGAGAUCCAAGGCGUUCUCCCAGGAAGUGUUCCGGGCGACGUUCUCCACGGAGCUGGAGGGACAGCUCACCACUGCUGGUACAGGACACAUCAGGUUCUGGAAAAUGGCGGACACAUUCACUGGUCUGAAGCUGCAGGGAGAGCUGGGGAGAUUCGGUAAGACGGAGAUCUCGGACAUCGACGGCUACGUGGAGCUGCCCGAUGGCAAGGUGUUGUCCGGCUCGGAGUGGGGCAACAUGUUGCUGUGGGAGGGAGGACUCAUCAAGGUGGAGAUAGCUCGCAAGAACAAGAAGCCUUGUCAUAACGGAGCCAUUCAGCAGAUCCUGCUGGAUGAAGGAGAGCUAAUGACCAUAGGGGUGGACGGAUUCAUUCGGAUGUGGGACUUUGAGUCUAUAGACACUGCAGACUCCACGGACGACACCGCACUGUUCGAGAUGGAGCCCAUGAAUGAGCUACAAGUGAACCCUGAUGCCCAGCUCCGUUCCAUCGUCAAGUCUGUGGAUGAUGAGAAUCAGCCCACCAUAUGGUACUCACAGGAUGCUAAUGGUGGGAUCUGGCGGCUGGACCUGUCCUUCUCACACACCUCCCAGGCCCCCGAGAAGCUGAUGACCUACCAUGCUGGCCCCAUCACCGACUGUAGCGUCUCCCCCAUCACACAUCUCACUGCCACCAUCGGCUUGGACAAUACUGUGCGUGUGUUUGACUAUGUCCAGCAGAAGCAAGUUUGUGAGGGGCGGUACACAGCAAGCGGCACAUGUCUCCUCUGGACCCCCCGGAUAGUGGACACGAAGGGAAGCACAUUGGUGGCAGGCUUUGAGGACGGGGUGGUCCGAGUACUGACCGUCAACAAACUCCCCAAGCAGACCCGUCAGCGCGCCAAGACAGAAGAGUGUGAGAUGGCCCUCAAACAGGUCUUCAAGCCCCACAAGACCAAGGUGACAGCCCUGGCCAUCGACAACAGGGGCGAGAUGCUGGCUUCUGGGGGCGACGACAACACUGUGUUCUUUAUGAACAUUGGGAACAAGAAGUUGGAGCCGAUCGGCUAUGUCCCAGUCCCAGCGGCGGUGCGCAGCAUGCAGUGGUCACCUGACAAAUUUAAAAAGACCUCGCUGCUUGUGUUCUGUGAAGAGGGCAAGGUGGUGGAGAUCCAGGCUCCGGAGCCCGGCAAGUUUGACACGUCUCACUCCUACCACAUCACUGGACUUCAGAUGAAGACAUUUACCUUCCGCAGCAUCAAGUCCAGGCUUCGGCAUGACGAGGAGAUGGAGAGGAAACGUAUCGAGGAAGAGGCUCGCAAGAAGAAGGAGGAAGAAGACCGGAGGAAGAGGAUAGAGCGAGGUCUGGAGACGGAGUCUGAACAUGGGGAUGACGAAGAGGAAGAAAAGAAGCCUAAGGAGGAGGAUUGGCACCCCUACAUCCCGGAAGUCCCCAGCCCCAUAAUGCAGGGCUUCUACUCCCAGGAGGGCUGCUUCUGGCUGUCUAUGGGUGGCUUUGAUGCAGGCUACCUGUAUGAGUGUAAGUUCCUCACUGAAGAGGAGAAGUCUGCGAUGGCCGAGCAGUUAGUGGAUGAACCAAUUCGAACAGUCCCGGUCCUGGAGUCGGAUGAUGUCCCCGUGUCUGUCAUCCAGUUCAGCAACUCUGGCCAGCAAGCCCUGUUUGGUAUGGAGAAUGGAAUGAUCCGUGUUCAGCAGUUGGAAAAUAAGUUUGACAUCGCCGACCUUGGUCCGUACUGGGCACUGAGUAUUCACGACAACAACUAUGGUCAUGUGACAGCUCUCAAGGUCAGCUACGAUGGGACAACUCUGUUAUCGGUUGGCGCUGACGGCAACUUCUUCCAGUUUGCCUUCAUGGACGACGAGAAGCUUGUGAAAAAGAUUGCUGAGAACAAGGCCAAGAUCCCCUCCGCCAGAAAACAAGAAGAGAGAGACCGGACUAUUGAUGACAUAGAUGACCCCAACGCCUACAGUAUCGAGGAUGCGAAGCAGAAAUCAGAGUAUGACAAGAUGAUGAAAGAGGCUGAGGAGAAGAAGAGAGAUGUGCGACGUAGCAUCUCUAAACUGCGGCGCCAGUUCCGUGGGGUGCUGGAGAAGAACGAGUCCCUGCCAAAGCACAUUCAGCUGGGGAAAGGGGAGUUUGAGAUGGAUCGGGAGAUCAAGUCUGAGCUGGAGAAGCAGACCAAUGAGAAGAUCGAGGUGGUUCGUCGGGAGCUAGCAUGGGAGUCGGAGAAGCACCGGAUAGCACUGGAGAAACUCCGCAAGAGGUUCAAGGAUGUGGUGGAGUGUGAGAGGAUCGUCCUGAAGGCGUUCCUCACGCCCCACGAGGUGGCCAGCUUCCGCGCCAGCAAACUCUCCGACGACUUCUACCAGCUGAAGGCUGACUUCGAGCGGCGCCGCACGCUCUACCUCACCAAGGACGACCUGACCAGGGACCCUACUCGGGACAUGUCUGUCGGCAAGCUUCGGGGGGAAGACAGCGGUGAUGGCAGUGGGGAGAAGACGGACGAGUCGAUGGGGGCGAAGGUGGUGACCACCCUGAAGGGCAGCAUGGGGGAGAGGAUCACCAAGGCUCUGAAGAAGGUGGAGGAGAAGAAGAAGAAGCGUGCUGCCAGGAGGGCGCAGUGGGAGGACCUGUACAUCCAGAAGCCUGACGACGACUACGAGGACCCAGCGGAUGUGUCCGCCAUCAAGGAAGCCAAGGAGAACAUGGGUGACUACAAGCUGAAGACUGCCCCCGACUACGUGGUGCCCGACCACCUCCGCAUGAACGUGGAGAAGGCCAGAGGGAGACUACUCAUACUCAAAGACCUGAUCCAUGAGUACAAGUACAACUUCAACGUCAAGCUGCUGGCACUGAGGGACAAGAAGAUCCGCAUCAUCGAGGACAUCCGCCGCCACGUGCACCAGCUGCACACCGUGCAGACACGCCUCUUCCCCGACAGACACAAGCCCCUCCCCAACAUCCCCGACAUGCACAUGGAGGAGCUCCCAGAGAAGCGCCUGGAGUACACGCGGGAGACACUGCUGCAGUUCAAGAAGGACAUGGAGUCCCAGAGAAUAGCAGAGCAGAAAACCAAAGCAGGAGGGAGCGGAUUCGGCGCUGGCUUUGGAGGCUUCAGUGGUGGUGGUGGCGGUGGCGGUGGUGGCGCUGGGGAACAGAAGGCUCCUUCCCACACCACACAACCCCGUGCAUCCCCACCCCUAGCAACCAAGCAGUCCUCUCUUGUAAGUGCUCCAAAAACCCAGGCGUCUUCUGUCACCGCUGACACUGAGGGUGAGGAAGAGUUGUCUCCCCUGGAGCAGCAGAUCCGACAGAUAGAAGAGAUCAGACUUAUAUAUGAGCAGGACGACAUCCUCAACAAGAUAGAGGAGCUUGUAAAGAACUUUGAUGCUGAGCUCCGUCUCCUCCGACACGACAAGUUUGAGCUGGAUAUUGUCAUGAAGAAUGCUGAUUUGAGACAGGUGACGCUGUUCGAGGAGCUGGUCCUCCUAAAGGAGUAUGAGAAAAGGGAGGACGUCCUGGCUGCCAAGGUCACUGGCAAACAGCAGGAGAAGCUGGACAUGCAGAACAAGAUCCUGGAGGUGCAAGGGAAGAUGGACGGGAAGAAGAAGGACAUUGAGAAGCUGCAGGAGAAGGAGAGAGCUCUCCACGCCACCUUCAUCACCUCCCUUGGAGACAACAACAAGUUUGCUGACUACCUCACCAAGGUCUUCAAGAAAAAGAUCAAGCGGACAAAAAAGAAGACUGCUGAGGGAGACGGUUCUGAUGAGGACAGCGACGAGGACUCUGAUGAUGAGUCAGACUGGGAGGAGUCGGAUGAGGAGUCCGACGAGGAAGCCGGGGGAUUUGACCUGGACGUGUGUCCUCCUGGCUGUGACCAGACCCUGUACGACAACACAUGCCAGCUUCGGGAGAAGAGGCUGGACUUGGAGGAAGCCCUGGCUGAGGAGAGGAAGAACCAGGACACCAUGAAGAAGGAGCUGGAGGGACUCAGCAAGAAGGCCAGAGUCAUCGACGGGGCUCUCAAGACAGCACAGAAUGAUCUCGAGGCCUUCCAGCUUGAGAAGCAGCAGAAGCUGAACGAGCUGAACGUGGUGGUGACGCUGAAGCUGAACCAGAUUCAGUACAUGCUGAACAACGUGCUGCCCCAGGACCUGAGCCAGACCCUGGUGUUUGAGUCCAACGGCGUCGUGCGCCUGCAGCAGCGCAUCAAGGAGCUGGAGCACGAGAAGUUCCUGCAGAAGAAACAGAUGAAGGAGUCCCGUCGGAAGCAUGUGCAGCUCAUCAAGGACCGCAAGGUGUUUGAGCAGAAGAUCGUGGAGAUGGACGAGACAUGCAACCAGAUGAUGGUCAGCAAGUUCGGCCGCAUCGUGGACCUGGAGAAGCUGGAGACGGUGACAGUGAACCGCAGCAUCGAGGAGCUGAAGGAGAAGUGCCACAUCACCGAGAUACAGUGUGCUGAGGAGCUGUGUCAAUGGGAUAAACUGAUAGCUGAGAAGCGCAGCCGAAUCACAGACUUGAUCCGAGACAACACAAACCGCCUGGAACAGCUGAACAUGCUGAUGAUGGAGAAGAAGGACUUAGAGGCAUCACUGGACUCUCGCCAGAAGAACCUGGGUGAGGAGUACACUGGCCAGCGCAAGGCGGACCUCAACGAGAAGCAGCGCCUCAUCCAGCUGGUGCAGCUGCAGGCCCAGGAGAUCGACGCCCUCAAGGAGGAGAUCAUGCUGCUGUCCAGGAAAGGAGGUCACAUCCUGCCCCCGGCCCAGCCUCCUCUCCCUCAGAGCCCCCCCAACCUACACAGCAUCAACCACUGACACCACCCUACUCCACCAUCAGCAGCCACAAGCAAGGCCACAUCCUUGAAACAUCCUCCUCUUGUUGUCUUGGGAACCUGAUCUUCUGACAUAUCUUUAAAUAUUCAUCUGAAUGUUGAGGGUUUUACAAUUCUCAUCUGUUGUUUAAAGACCAGGUCCCUGUUCCUCAAAGCGAUCUUAGCGCUACGAUGAUCGUAAGCCUUUGUUAAAGUAUGGGACUUACGAUCACCUUAGCGCUAAGAUCACUUUGAGGAAUGGGACCCUGGAAAAGGUCUUGAGAUCAGGGUCCUGUUCCACAAAGCGAUCUAAGCAGUAUGACUGUCUUAAGUCUAUGUUAAAGUAUGGGAGUUACGAUCAUCUUAGUGCUAAGAUUGCUUGUGUAGCAGAGCCCAGAUCUGUUCAGAGAUCUUAGGAUUCAUUUUCAUGUUCAAUGUUCGUCAUUUGCAAAAGUUAUGUGGAAAUUAACUUUUAUGGAAAUGUCUUUAACCAAAUCCAACAUACAUCACAAAUAGCAUUGGUUCAUAUUUCUAAUAAGUUUUGUCUAUAGAAACUGGAAGACAGGAGAAGUACCAACUCUAAACUAAGCAAGCGGUUGAGACAUCACAACAAAGUGUGACUCACUCAUCACUGUGUACACAAGUCAGCCAAAACUAACAGUAUUAUAUUGCACUGGACACUUGCUGUUUCAACAGCAUCACAUCUUGUGUAUUGAGUAGAAGCAGUACACUGUGCGUGAGGCUUGUCUCUGUGCUUGCUGCGUCAUCUGUUUACUCUGGGAGGUACAUACCACUGAUAAAUAGCAUCUGGUACGGGCACAGUGACAGUGUUUUAUUUUGUAUUGACUUCAUAUUGCCUUAUCAGAAUUGUUGGCAUACUGAAACUUGUUUUUUAAAAUUAUUUAUCAAUUGCAAAGCUUUAUUGUUGAAGUUUUAAUUCCAUUUUUAUUUUCAUUCCGUCCAAGAAAUUAUAUAGCUGGGCUGUAUGUAUGCAUCUGUGAUCCCUUAGUUACACGUUUUUUGUAACCUGUAUCAAACUGUUAUGUAAUUGUGAAUAUUAUUAUGAAAUAAAUUAUAUAUAAUA